CACACACACACACACACACACACACACACACACACGGAGGGAGAAGAUUUGACGGUUCAGUUUGUACGCAGAGAGCUGAAACAGGAACACAGCGAAACACCGCAUGUUCUGACAGAGACACACAGUGUGUAGCUUCCGUACCUGAUGUUCUGUAUCUAACGCAAACUGCCUCUUCUUCAGAUGAACCCUCCUCCUCCUCCUCCGGUCCCGAAGCCCCGGGCUCGUUACAUGAGGGACAGUUUGACGUCUCUGGACAGAGAUGAUAUCGCAAAUCUACAAUCAGGUGGAGAUGCCCCCCCCCCCUCCUGUCAUGGCGUUGGAUCGUAGCUCCGUCUUCCCGUCUCUGGCCGGCGUCACUGACAUCAUCGCCAGCAGCAUCCCCUCAUUGGCUGGACUCGCCACCUCCCUCAGAGGCUCCGCCCCCUCCGCCCCUUCUGCCCCCCCCUCCAUAGACAGCAUGGCUAACAGCAUCGCCGCUAACAUACCUAGCUUAGCGGGAACUGCUAGCGCUGUGGCUAACCCCCCCGCGGCUACGUUAAACUCCGCCUCCUUCACCACACCUGGUCACACUGUUAGCUUAGACAGCAUAGUUAGCUCGUUCGCUAACAUUCCCAGUUUAGCGGGGAUUGUUAGCAAUGUGGCUAACCCGUCUGUUAGCUCCAUAACGACCCCGUCAGCCCCCCCCCCCUCACUGCCGGGGAUCGGAGACGCUCACACAGAUGUCGGAGCGUUGUCUCAGCUGGUGAUGUUAACGUUAGACUCGAACACAGGAGUCUCUUUACCGUCUCUUCAGGAGACGGAGCCAUCAGAGGAAGUCUCCAGACGCUCUCCUCACACCAUCAAAGAAGAGAAUCCAUACGUCACGCUGUUAGCUUGUUGGGCGAGCCAAGAGGAAGCCGACACCGACUCGUCCAAUGAGGAGGACGAUACAGGAGCAAGCCCCGCCCCCUCUGGUGCAGAGGGACCAAUGGAGGGAGAUCCUACUCAUAACACAUCGUCAACAACCACCAACCUCCCGUCCAAUCAGGCGGGACGUCUGGUCCCCACGCGGCCGGCCCCGCCCCCUCCUCCCAGCCAAUUAAAGAAGCCGCAGAGACAGAAGAUGCCGAGGACGGCCACUAUCCGAGUGUCCAGGAAGAAGGGGGCCGUGGGGGGGGCGGCCCCUCACAGCGCCGUGGUGAGGUCCGGCUGGCUGGAUGUGUGGAAGGGCUUCAGACACAGCGUUCUGUGGGCGACGCUGGACGGGCAGCUGAUGUCUCUUUGGAAAAAACGCAACGACCGGUUCAGCGAGGUUCUGUUUCACGUCUCCAGCAUCACCAACGUGAAGAAGCAGGACAAACGCAGGUUCUCCGUGUACUUCAGGAAGAAGCACUACGACUUCAUGGCUCACAACGACGAGGUCCAUGAAGGCUGGGUCACGUCUCUGUUAGCGUCCCGAGGCCAGCCAAGCCCCGCCCCCCCAGAACUCCUUGGACCAAUCACCAUGAAGGACACGCGGAGCCGCGCCUACGCCGCCCUGUGGGGUCACGACCUCUGGAUCUACCACAGCAAGGAGGCCUUCCAGCUGGGCAUCGCCUCCUUCUCCGUGCCCCUGAACGUGGCCUCGGUCAAAACGACGGGAAAACACUCUUUCAGCCUCAUCACUCCGUACAAGAGCUUCAGUCUGUCUGUUGAUUCAACGAAGGAUCUGUCCCUCUGGUUGGACAUUCUGUCCUCCACUAUCCGCAGUGCUCUGUCCUGCAGCCAGGUGGCGCUGCGGCUCUGGGAAAACCCCAACAACAAAGUGUGCGGUGACUGCGGCGCCACUAACCCGGAGUGGGCGUCGGCCAACUUGCUGCUUGUCAUCUGCCAGGCCUGCGCAGGUCAGCACCGAGCUCUGGGCAGCAACCUGUCCAAGGUCCGGAGUCUAAAGAUGGACAACAAGAUCUGGACUGAACCAUUAAUACAGCUGUUUGUCGCCCACGGUAACCGGCUGGCCAAUCAGGUGUGGGCUCCUGUGGUGCCGGCGGCGGAGCAGCUGUUUCUGGGGUCGCCGGACGAAGAGAGGUCAAAGUUCAUCCAGGAUAAAUACAGGAGGGGGCGCUACAGGAGGGUUCACCACCUGACCCCCUCCCCCGCCCUCAUGGACCAGAGGCUGCGUCAGGUGGUGUGUGGAGACGACGUAGAAGAAACGAUGUCUCUGAUCUGCUCAGGAGCAAAGGUGUGUCAAACCGACCUUCUUAGCCCCUCGCCCAUCCUGCUGGCUGAGAGAGCCAAUCAGGCUUUGCAGACCGAGCUGCUCCGCCUCAACGAGUACACAGAUAUCCCGCCUUACCUGCCUCAAGUGGCCAAUAGGAAACCUGACUCCGCCCCCUCAGGUGAGGAGGAGGAGGAGGAGCUUCACGGUAAACUGGAGGAAGAUCGUUUCCUCUUCUCGUUAGAAAACGACUCGGCGGCGUGCGACGUCCUCGACCUGCGGGAGGUCCUCUCUGUGUUCCUCAAGGAGGGGCCUGCUCUCCAGUUUGAGAUGGUGACUCUGAGCGAUCAGCUGAUCUGCGCCGCUGACAACCAGGAGGCGCUGCUGAGUCACCUGGUGCACAUCCUCAAUGGACGUUUAUCCGGAUCCUCGCUGCCGCUGGCGUCGGAGGCGCCCGAGCUUCAAGGUUCCGCCGGUUCUUCGUGUCGGCAGAACUCCGGCAGCUCGUCUUCCUGCGCGGCAGCCGCUGUCCAGAAGCCCCACCCCCCAGGCCACGCCCGCGUGACGCCCCGCCCCCACAUGAAGCCCCGCCCCACUGAAGCCCCGCCCCAUUCUAAAUAUUUAUAA